AUGGGUAAAAAAGAUAAAAGUAAAAAGAAAAUAAGUGGUAGUGUAAAAACUGCACUUAAAACUGAAAGAAAGUUGAAUGCUAAACAAAAAAAGGAAUUGGCCACACUUGGGGAGGAUGAUAUAGAAAAUGUAAUUGCUCAAAUUGAAAAAGAAGAAGCUAGAAGACAGCAUGUUGUUGAAAAGACAGUAGCACCACCAUCUCGACGUGUAAAUUUUACUUUAACAGCACAUCCUUUUAAAGAUGAACUUAUUAUGCUUGGUGGAGAAUUUCAUGAUGGACGAACGACAUUUGUUUAUGGAGACAUGUUUACAUAUAAUAUAAAUAAAAAUGAGUGGAUGAUCAUUAAAGCACCUAGUGCUCCACCUCCACGUUGUGGUCAUCAAGCAAUAAUAACAACUACAAAUAAAGGAGAAUUAUGGGUAUUUGGUGGUGAAUUUUCAAGUCCUUCAGAAUCUCAAUUUUACCACUAUAAAGAUUUAUGGGUUUAUCGAUUUGCAGAAAAGAAAUGGGAAAAGAUUUUAUCUCCUGGUGGACCAUCAUCUAGAAGUGGCCAUAGAAUGACACAUAUAAAGAAACAAUUAGUAGUUUUUGGUGGAUUUCAUGAUAACUUAAGAGAUUACAAAUAUUACAAUGAUGUACACAUAUUCAAUCUUGAAACAUAUGUAUGGCACAAAAUUGAGUUAUCUGGUAAAAUUUUAACAAAAGGCUAUUUUUGAAAUAAAUCGUUAUAUACUGGUGGUUAUAGCAAAGAAAGAAUAAAAAAAGAUGUUGAUAAAGGUUGCAUUCAUAAUGACAUGUUUUUAAUGACUCCUGAGAAAAAUGAUCAAAGUGGUUUAAAAUGGAAAUGGGUUUCUAUAAAACAAUCAGGAAUUAAAAUAUCACCACGAUGUAGUGCAUCAGCUACUUUAGUUCAACCAAAUUUAGCUUACUUAUUUGGUGGAGUUUAUGAUGAAGAAGAUAAUGAAGAAGAUCUUCAUGGAAAAUUUUAUAAUGAUUUAGUAGCUUUAGAUUUGGAAAAAUUUCAAUGGUAUACAGUAACACUAUGCGGGAAGAAAGAUGUGACCACACGACGUCGAAGAAGAAAACCGAAGGAAGAAGAAGGGCCAGAAAAUACUACUGAAAAUGAAGAUGACAGUGAUAAUGAAAUACACGAACCACCAUCUAUUACUACUGAAUCUACAGUUAUUGAUGAUGAUGGAAUAUUUACAGUUACAGUGGGACCAGCAUCGAUAUCUACAAUUGAUAAGAAAGAAAACAUUCAUGAAAACAUAUUUGUCCCAUGUCCAAGAAUAAAUGUUGGACUUGUAGUAAAGCAUAAUACUUUAUAUUUAUAUGGUGGCAUGUUUGAAGAUGGAGACCGACAAUAUACACUCAGUGAUUUCUAUAGUUUAGAUUGUCGGAAAUUAGACGAAUGGAAAACAAUACUAACAGAUGAUUUAUCUUUGCAAACUUGGUACGAUUCCAGUAAUUCUAGUUCAGAUAGUGAGCACACUGAUGAUAGUAAUGAAAAUGAAGAUAGUUCUGAAGAUGAACCUAUGGAUAUUGAUCAAAAUUAA